GAAGAAAACAUCUGUGACAGUUUGGUCUGCUAUUAUAAGGACCCAGAGUGAAACGAGAGGAGGAGCCUUCGCUGCAGUGAGCUUGAGCCCAGCCUGUUUACCAAAGGAGAAAAUAACAAGACAUCUGCCAACUGCAAAGCAGGGGCCGAGGCCAAAGCGGAGCGAGACAGGGAGCAGCGUUCCCAGAUUGCUGACACUUCCACGGCUACUUCUUCAGCCUUUGCUGGUGCCCGUUUGGAUCAAGGAUGCUGGACGGGGUGCAAGCUUUGCUUCUCAGCGCCGCGCUGCUAACAGCAGCGUCUGCCACCGAAGAAUGUGUCCGUGGCAAUGGAGUGUCCUACCGGGGUAGCCAACAGAUCACCUCGAGCGGUGACCCGUGCUUGAACUGGCUGGCGGUGGGGAGAAACUACAGCUCCGCUCUCCUUGCAGUCUCCGAGGAUCACAGCAGCUGCCGGAACCCCGACGGCGAUGCGGCCCCCUGGUGCUACGUGAGCGGCGAGGCCGGAAUCCCGGAGCGGAGCCCCUGCGACAUCGCCCCCUGCCCAGGUGUUACCUCCUCCACAGAGACUCUGGUCCCUACAGUUGCGGCUGAGGUAUCUCAGGGGAUAGACCAGGUAUUUGAACCAGCUGAUACUUUACCAGUCCGGAGCGAGGCAGCUGCGGUGCAGCCCGUCAUUGGGAUCAGUCAGAGAGUCCGGAUGAACUCCAAGGAAAAGAAGGACUUGGGAACAUUAGGCUAUGUGAUGGCCUUAAUCAUGAUGGUGAUAAUCAUUGCCAUUGGAGCUGGCAUUGUUGUGGGCUACAUCUACAAAAGGGCCAAAGACUUGAAGGAGCAGCACGAGCAGAACGUUUAUGAGCGGGAAAUGCAGCGCAUCACCCUUCCACUUUCUGCCUUCACGAACCAGGCCUGUGAGCUUGUGGAUGAGAACACGAUAGAAGUGCACACCAACCAGACCCCUGUGGAGGAGGCACAUGAUGGCAAUGCACCUCUCAUGGGCCAGGCAGGUACUCCUGGUGCCUGAGGAGCUAGGGUCAGGAGAGGCACAGGUUGAAAUGAUUGAGGCUAAGACCCCAGUCUCUUGUUUUGGGAGUGGGGGGUUCAUUUGUAUUUUUUUGUUGAUGAAUUCCAGCAAA